CGACUACUAUCUGUCAUUACCUGUUUAGUCUAUGGACGGCUUUCAUUGCAUUACGCUGACUGAUCGUAUCUUUGCUUUCUAUUUGAUUGUAAGCAAUAACUGAGUCAGAAGAUUUUGCAAAUAAGGAUCAAUUUAGUAUUCUAAUUAGUAAUAAUGGCUGACAGCGAUGAUGAGUACGAUCGCAAGAGGCGUGAUAAAUUCCGUGGUGAACGCGGCACCGCUGAAGGUAGCAGUUAUCGAAGUAGUGACCGACGCGAAGAAAGGAGCCGUGGCCGCGAAGACUGGUCUGAGAGAUCUCGUGGAGGUCGCUCUGGUCCUGACUACAGGGACUACCGUGGAGGAGCCAGUGCCAGCAGAGGAUACUCGCCAGUCAGAGGAGAAGGCCCACCUACCAAACGGAUAAGACCUGAUUGGCCUAUAGAUGAUAGAAGAUAUGGGGGCAUGCCACAUGACUCAUAUGGCUAUGGCUGGCCUCAUGAUCAUUUUGGCCCUCAUCUGGCCCAUCAGGGUUAUGGACAACCUAUGGCACCUGUUCCAGCCAGGGAUGCAGUCAUGCCACUAGGAGCAACAGAUGGCCCUCCCACAAUGAUGUCUUUUAAGGCAUUUCUUGCAGCUCAAGAUGAUUCCAUAACAGUUGACGAUGCUAUCCAGAAGUACAAUGAAUACAAGCUUGAGUUCAGGAGACAACAACUAAAUGAGUUUUUUGUUGCUCAUAAAGAUGAGGAAUGGUUCAAGAUCAAAUAUCACCCUGAAGAAUCCGUAAAACGCAAAGAAGAGCAACUAGGAGCAUUAAAGAAUCGACUCAAUGUGUUUCUUGAGUUAUUGGAGAAAGGGGAACUGGAUAAAGUGUCAGUAGACAUUGACAAGUCUGACAAAUUGAUCAGACUUCUGGACACAGUGGUCAUCAAGCUAGAAGGUGGCACUGAAGAAGAUUUAAAAGAACUGGAUGAACCUCCACCACAGGAAAAUUCUGCUUCAAAUGAUAAAGCAGAUAAAAAUGAUUCUGACAAACCAGUUGUUAUAGACGUUGAUGAUGUGAAGGUUAAAGAGGAGAAGGAAGAAGACAAGAAAGAAGAGAAAAAAGCGCCCGAGUCACCGAAACCGACAGCGCCAUUGACCAUGGAGAUUGAUCCCCAUUUACGUCAACUACAGGAGCAGGCGAAAUUGUUCUCUCGCUUCAACUCUACAGGAACUGAACCUGAGCAGGAAGAAGUUAAGGAAAAGGAGAAGGAACCUCCACCACCAGGAUCAUCCUCGAGUUCUUCUUCAUCUAGUUCAUCGUCAUCCAGUUCAGAAGAUGAAGGCGAAACUACCACUCGUCGGAAGUCGAAAUCUAAGUCGAAAACUCCUGAUAAGUCUCCCAAACAUCAGGAAAAAGCCAAAUCCAAAUCUCCUAGUGUAGAGAAAAUGGUCACAAAUACCACGGAAAAUGACAAAGAUAAAGAAAAAAGUGGAGAUGAGAGAGCUGAGUCAGUCAGUGACGUCGUUAUGGAGAAAAAAGAGAGUCGCGCUCUACAUAAAACGACUUCCAUAUUCUUACGGAAUUUGGCUCCCACAAUCACGAAGGCUGAAGUUGAAGCUAUGUGCAAACGUUACGGCGGCUUUCUACGUGUGGCUCUGGCUGAUCCAUUGCCGGAGCGACGCUGGUUCCGUCGAGGAUGGGUCACCUUCCGCCGCGAUGUCAAUAUCAAAGAUAUCUGCUGGAAUCUUAACAAUAUCAGACUUCGCGAAUGUGAAUUGGGUGCUAUUGUCAACCGUGAUCUGCAACGUCGAAUUCGUCCAGUUUCUGGCAUCACCUUAGAGCGGCCAGUGCUACGCGCUGAUGCCAGACUUGCAGCGCGACUCGCACAUUUGUUAGAUACGCGCACCAAACUGUGGCAAGAAAGUUCAGACGAACAGACUACCGAUGACCAGGCAAACCGUAAUGAGACCUUCAGCUUAAAUUCAAAGAACCCAGUUCUUCAUAAAAUAACGGAGCAUUUAAUAGAAGAAGCUUCAACGGAAGAAGAAGAAUUACUAGGUCUCGAAGCGUCAUCAGAAUCUGCGGUUUCCGAACAACCUGACCCAGAGCUCGUUCGAGUUCUAGAUCGCCUUGUACUUUACUUACGUAUCGUACACUCCGUGGAUUAUUACAAUCAUUGCGAAUAUCCUUACGAAGAUGAAAUGCCAAACCGCUGCGGUAUUAUGCAUGCGAGGUCUGGUCCACCUGCCAAUAAGCCAACUCAACAAGAGAUACAAGACUAUGUGAAGACAUUUGAAGGCAAAAUGUCUGCAUUCUUACAAGACGUUAAACCAUUAUCAGACGAAGAGUUACAGAAACUUGGAAUCAAGGAUACGGAUGCUGAAGUAGAAAAGUUCAUUCUUGCCAAUACACAAGAGUUGGCGAAAGACAAAUGGUUAUGUCCUCUCAGUGGCAAAAAGUUCAAAGGACCUGAUUUCAUUAGAAAACAUAUUUUCAACAAACAUGGUGAAAAGGUGGAGGAGGUGCGGCGCGAGGUGUCGUACUUCAACGCGUACGUGCGCGACGUGCGGCGGCCGCAGCAGCCCGAGGCGGGCGCGCGCGCCCAGCCCCCGCCCGCGCACCCGCCGCCGCCGCAACCGUCAGUCACUGCGUAUACCUUACCUCAUACAUACUAUUCUACAUACACUAAUUUCAUGGAACAACCGAACUAUUUAUCAUUUAAGUCAAAACGCUUAGCCUGCCCAUUCCGUGUUGUAUUUUCCUUAGCACAGGAAACAUGUCAUACCAGCCUCCGAAAGAUAAGUCCUAUCAGUGACAUUAUUUCAAUUACCAAAGCUUCUACCAAGUGACAGGAUUAUGAAAGAUCUAGGAGCCUUCCGUCAGUACACUUAAUUAUAAUGUUUUUACUGGUGUCAAUGACUCUGGAUUGGAUGGAAUGUGACGACGAUUGUCUGAGUACUAUAUAAUGAACUAGAUUGUUGGGCUGUUGACUUCUUGAGCAAUUAAUGAUGUCCAGUUGGGCUGUAUUGGAUCUGGUCUCUUCAGCAGGUACGCCGGUGGUCCAGGUGGUCCAGGCGGGCCGGGUGGCGGGCCCGCAGCGGCACGCGGCUGGGGCUGGGGCGGUUGGGCCCCGCCUGCAGCGUAUGCACCACGACACCCACGCUUCUCUAGACCAAGGGAAAAUGUGGACCGGUCCCGGCCUAUUAUUGCAUACAACGAUCUUGACUUCCCGGACAGUGGUGACAUAUUCUAAACAUGCAUGUAAAUGACAUUAUACAACAAGUUUGUAGUUUUUUUAUUGUUAUUUUAAGCAUUCCGUUAUGCCCGGUUAUUUCAGUUGUAGAUGAACUGAUACACACAUGUAUAGUAUUUACAGCUAAUUAAUAUUUUUAAAUUUGUAUAAUAUGUCAAAAUUAUUUUAAUCAAUAACACCAUGUAUUUGAUUUUUAAUAAGGCAUGUUUCGUAAAUGUCAUUAUAUUUAUGCCAUGUUAAUUGGGAGUAUUUUUAAUGUAAAAAUUUAAAAUUAUGCAAAUAAAUAAAAAUGUUAUAUUUAAAUAAUUGUGAAAAUAUUUUUCAAUCACACAAACCUUUUUAAGUCUUUUUUUGUAUCUGACAAUAGUCUAUAAAGGGAUACAUUUUCUGUGUUUACAAUAUUGUCGUCAAUCAUGAUAUUUAUUGUAUCUUUUUUAAUAAACUGUCCGAAAUUAUUACUACAUUAUUUUAUUCUAAUUCCUAUUCACACCUUUAUCAAAAUUCGUAUCCCGGGAAGCUGAGAUUUGAAACUAAAUGAAAAAUGACCUAAGUAGUUUCUAGCUGUGUGAUUUGAUUUCAGUAGUAGAUAUUAGUGUUUGUGUGUGGAGUUAUUGUUGCGUGCUCGGUGAGUUGCUAUUAACGUAGCUAAUGUGGUUGAUUGUUAAAGGGGCGGCGGCGCCGAUUUCCGUCCGGUGAUACACUACCGCGACUUGGACGCCCCGCGUGAACCCGACGAAUUCAUAUAACGAAGGCCCUUACAACAAGAAUACAGUCACAAGAGCACUUAAGAUUAAUCUUGUUAAUAGAUAUAUUACACAAUUUAAAUAAUCGUUGGAAGUUUACGUCUAUUUUAAGUAAAGCUUAAUACGUGGUACGGUUAUUUUAGAUUUAAG